AAACGUUACAGUGAUGAGGAAGAAGGCAGAAUGAGGUAAAUACUCCUCUAAGACAAAGACAUAUAUUCCGAAGGACUAGACAUCGCUGCGCAAAGGUGGCUGGAGCAGUUCCAAAUGGUUCAGUCCAGGACACGACUUCCACACAGGAUGUAAUCAUUACUGGCGAUUCACACGCAGACCAAUCACUCUGCCCCGCAAAACCCCGGUAGCAGUUCUGUCCUCUUUUCCGUACAGUGCCCCAAGAUGGCGGGGCCCGUGAUUGAAUCCCAGAUUCAAGAUGGCGGCUUCCGACUUCCCCUGCAGCGUCGCGCGUAGCCACCGAGGCCACGCCUACUUCCGACACCGCGGCCUCCAGUAUGGCUGCUUUAGGUUCUCUGAUGUUGAGUGUCCGGAGGCUGCACAGCAGUGUGGCGGCUCAGGCCGGUAGCCAGUGGCGACUCCAGCAGGGCCUGGCUGCCAACCCCUCCGGCUACGGGCCCCUUACGGAGCUCCCAGACUGGUCUUACGCGGAUGGCCGCCCUGCACCUCCAAUGAGAGGCCAACUUCGAAGAAAAGCCCAAAGGGAGAAGUUUGCAGUGAGUGAGACGAGUUGUACUGCUGUCACAGGAAAUGGAUGCUGGAUUACAGGCAUGGCAGCUCAGACAGCAGGAGAAGUUGCAGGAAGAAGAAAGGAAGCAGAAAAAUGCUCUUAAACCCAAAGGGGCUCUCCUGCAGAACCCACGACCAAAUCAAUAAAAAGCAGUUCCUGUCUCCCUUUCCUGGCCUCUCUCUGGCUUUCUUCUCUAUCACCUACAUGCCUCAUCCCAGCCAGAAGAGAGAGCCUUCACAUUCCCCAUCUGUCUUCAGAGCACGAGAGUGUGGACACCGGGAAGAACCGCCUGUAAGAUCACUGCCUGGAGGAGCUGGCCUAGUGCCCUCAUCCCUGGCUCCAUUCCAGUUCAGUGGAAUCUUGCUCUGGGAUCCUUGCUCGCCUUUGCAGGCCAGAGGACUGGCCCAACUGAGAACAGCAGCUGCUCUCCGUACAUGAAAAUGGGGCAGCAGCUCUCCUGGUUUUAGCUCGGCACUCAGGCCUUUAACGGCCUAUACACAGCUCAGACUGCAUGUAGUUACUCAUUUAAUAAAUGUUCUGAUGAAAAAGGC